AUGUGUCAGCUCGGAGGCGGCGGUCCACAGACGCUCUUCGGGUGGCAGGUCGCAACGGGGCAAACGCGGCCGGUGGGCCUCGCGGCUGGGGUUGGCGACGACAUUCCCGACAGCUGCAUUUCGUGGUUACAGGGCGCGGGGUGCGACCUCGCGGGGCUCCAGCACAUCAGCAACAUGAAGACCCCUCGCGCGUGGCAGAUCACGGAGUGGGACGGGUUCAGGACGCAGAUCUGGCGCACGCCCGCCUGCGCCGAGCUGUACCGCAUGCUGCGCCCCAAAGUCAGCGACAUUCCGCGGCGGCUCCUGGGGGCCAAGUGGUUCCACCUCGGCAUCAACCCCGACCGUCCGGACCACGCGUACCUCGCAGAGCUGCGCGCCGCGACGCGGGACACGGGCGGCGGGCGGUUCUCGAUCGAGCCGUUUGUGGGGGCGUCGCGGCCGCUGACCCCCCCGGAGCUGUCGGCGCUCGUCAGGGCGGCGGACGUGGUGUCGCCGAACCUCGCGGAGGCGCGCAGCAUGCUCGGGGACGACCGCGCCACGCCGCAGGGGGCCCUGGAGGUCCUCGGCGACGCCGGCGCCAGCGUGGCGGUGAUCCGCUGCGGGGCGGACGGCGCGUACGCGGCGGACUUCACGACGAACGAGGCGUACUUCUGUCCGCCCUACGCGCACACCAAGGUCAAGGACGUCACCGGCUGCGGCAACAGUUUCAUGGGCGCUUUCCUAGCGGGCUUCUCAGGGGAGGCUAAGGAGGUGGCGGGCAUGCCGAAGUCCGGGAUGGCCCGCGGGCUCGUGUGGGGGCACUCCGCGGCGUCCUUCAUGGCGGAGUGCUACGGCGUGCCGGAGGGCACUCCGAGGGAGCUCCACGGGGCGGCGGUGUCGCGCGUGGAGUCCUUGUUGGUGGGCGACGUGCUGGAAGAGGUGACCGCCCUGGCGUGA